CUUCCUGGGGCUUGGUUGUGCAGACUUAGGCAGUCAGCUGGGUGGCAGUCAGCUGGGCGGGCAUUGUCUCUGGCUCCUCGGGGAGAAAGGUUCUAUGUAUCUCAGGCUGACCUGACUUGCUAGGUAGCCCAGGCUGGUACUGAACUUGUUCUCUUACCUCAGGCCCCUGUGCUGGGAGUACAGCCUCCUGGACCUAGUAGCAGGGAGUGAUGGAAGAAAAAAGUCUGAGAAGACGGAGAGAGGAUGAGAAGUCCAUCCAAAGCAACGAACCCAAGACCACAAGUCUCCAGAAAGAGGUGGGCCUGCUCAGUGGCAUCUGUAUCAUCGUGGGCACCAUCAUCGGCUCCGGGAUCUUCAUCUCUCCCAAGUCUGUACUGGCCAACACAGAAGCCGUUGGGCCUUGUCUCAUCAUAUGGGCCUCCUGUGGGAUCCUGGCGACACUGGGUGCCCUGUGCUUCGCAGAGCUUGGCACAAUGAUCACCAAGUCAGGGGGUGAGUACCCUUACUUGAUGGAGGCCUUUGGCCCCAUCCCUGCCUAUCUCUUCUCCUGGACCAGCCUGGUCGUCAUGAAACCCUCGUCCUUCGCCAUCAUCUGUCUCAGCUUUUCGGAGUAUGUGUGCGCACCCUUCUAUGUCGGCUGCAAGCCUCCUGACACGGUCGUGAAAUGCCUGGCUGCGGCUGCCAUCUUGCUCAUCACCACAGUGAACGCGCUGAGUGUGAGGCUCGGGAGCUAUGUCCAGAAUGUCUUCACAGCGGCCAAACUGGUGAUUGUGGCCAUCAUCAUCAUCAGCGGAUUUGUCUUCCUGGCCCAAGGAAAUACAAAGAACUUUCAGAAUUCUUUUGAGGGUGUGCAAACCUCAGUGGGCACCAUCAGCCUGGCAUUCUACAAUGGACUCUGGGCAUACGAUGGGUGGAAUCAACUCAAUUAUAUCACUGAAGAGCUUAGAAACCCUUACAGAAAUCUGCCCCUGGCCAUUGUCAUCGGGAUCCCUCUGGUGACAGUGUGCUACAUCCUCAUGAAUAUCUCCUACUUCACGGUGAUGACCCCAACGGAGCUCCUGCAGUCCCAGGCUGUGGCUGUGACCUUCGGAGACCGUGUUCUCUAUCCAGCAUCUUGGGUGGUCCCAUUUUUUGUGGCCUUUUCAACUAUUGGAGCUGCUAAUGGGACCUGCUUUACAGCGGGCAGACUCAUCUAUGUCGCAGGCCGGGAAGGCCACAUGCUUAAAGUGCUCUCAUACAUCAGUGUCAAGCGCCUCACACCUGCCCCUGCCCUCAUCUUUUAUGGCAUCAUCGCCACCAUUUACAUCAUCCCUGGUGACAUAAACUCCUUAGUCAAUUACUUCAGUUUUGCUGCAUGGCUGUUUUAUGGAGUAACAAUUCUAGGACUCAUUGUGAUGAGGUUCACAAGGAAAGAUCUGGAAAGGCCCAUUAAGGUGCCCAUCGUCAUCCCUAUCUUCGUGCUUGUUGUAUCCGUGUUUUUGGUUCUGGCCCCAAUCAUCAGUACGCCUGCCUGGGAGUAUCUCUACUGUGUGCUCUUUAUCCUGAGCGGACUUAUAUUCUACUUCCUGUUUGUCCACUACAAGUUCAAAUGGGCUCAGAAAAUCUCCAGGCCAGUCACUAUGCACUUGCAGAUGCUGUUGGAAGUUGUCCCACCAGAGAAGGACCCUGAGUAACAAGUUCAUCACUCAUACUGCAAAGCUGCAAUGAACUUAUUUUUGUAAGCAAUAUUUGUGGUUAUUUCCUCCUGUUUUUUUUUUU